GCAGUGAUGGUAUCGACGUCUGCAGCGCGUCUAAUGCCAUUGUCAACUGGAGCGGUCGUCUUUGCGCAUGGCGCCCAGUUGGAGGUAGAUGGGCAGGUCGACUGUUGUCCUCUGGGCAUUCGCUCGACGGAAAGACGGGAAUCGGUCGAGCCCGGCAUGUUCAUUGCAGCUCUCUCACUUCGGCAAAGCUGCCAGGAGAAUUAUCUCAACAUCGCGAUCUUGCCUGCCCAUCGCGCCAUGGCAUCGCAUUCACCGUCGAAGGCGACCCUUCAUUAGAUCUGAGCGAAAGCCAGGCAGGAUAAAGGCGGAUGACUGCAGCCCAUAACGGGCAAGGGAUUUCCGGGACAUCCUCGCCGCUUUCGGCGAACGCGACGCGCUUCAGCGAAUGCCCGUCAGCCAUGAGCUGCAGUACGGCACCGGGCCACAACAGACUGUCGAUCUUUACAUUCCUGACGGCGUGCCGGCCGGUCGAUCGCUGCUGAUCUUCCUUCAUGGAGGAGCAUGGCUCUCAGGCGAUAAAUCGGAGCACGCCGAACAUCUGGUACCCAACUUGCUGCAAGCAACGCACGGGCGAUGUUGCGUCGCUGUGCCGAAUUAUCGGCUGUCUUACCGGAAUGCCGAGCAAGCCAAUGAGGAUGCAAAGCACCCCGAACAUACUCUCGAUAUCAUCGCCGCAAUAGACUAUCUUUGCGCAGAUCGAGUCGCAUCAGUCGAGCAGAACGAACAGCUAUGGGACCGGCACCGCGUCAUCGUCAUCGGCCACUCUUGCGGCGCGUUCAUUGCCGCGUCCUUAGCCAUGCAGCCUCCGCACGACUUCCACUCCUUCUUCGAUGCGACUCAUGUGAGACAUAGAAUCAAGGCCUGGAUACUCGUCGAGGGCAUCUUUGAUCUCGCGAGCUUACUCGAAGAAUAUCCAAGCUACAUCUAUUUCGUCGAGCGACCCUUUGGCCAGCUCAGGAAGGAGAUCUCGCCUUCACAUUGGCAGCUAGCGCGCGAACAGACCCGUAUGCUCUUGCUGCAUAGCAGAGAUGACGAGUUGCUCUCCUUGCGACAGCCUCAGGGCUUCAACCUGCACCUCGCCUCCCUGCACUCGCCUCAGCUGGAGCUAGAAGUCGACUUUGAGUCGCUCACGGGCGCACACGAUGCGCUGCUGAACACGACCCAAGAUUCGUUGUUGUUGUAUGUGGUUUCAUCAUUGAUCUCUUCUGGACUCGCUCGCUACUUUGAAGCUAGUCGUUGCGCAGCUCUUGUGUGUAGGAUGAGUGAUGGGAGGACGAGCGAGAGUAAGCCCCAUUGUGUUACAGCUGCCAUACCUCGUCUGCCUGCUCAUCCAAGCAGAUCGAGUCUCCGUCAAGGAAAAAGGCAGUGCGAUCGCAUAACUAUCGGAUAUGACCAACGAUUCGACGCCACUGAGCGUCUGACCAACGCAAGCGACGUUGAAGUGGGACACUCUUUCGGCUCGUCUCUUCGCCUACUCGAUCAGGACCCCGUCACUGCCAUGCCAAUAUUGCCAGCUGCCUCGCAAGCAGCCCACCGCCGAGCAUGCUGUCGAUCUAGUUUAGCCGCGAGGCCAUUUCGAGGCAACAGAAACUCGGACGAUCGAAUGUGCGACGAUAGGCUCGUGUGA